AUGGACGACCCGGAGACGGAGCUGGUGUCGUCGGAGCCCGACGCCCUGGGCGCAGAGUUCAUAACGGUGGAGCUGGACACCCAGCCCAUCGAGUACGUGGUGAAGUGGGCGGAGGUGGGGUCAAAGUUCACCAUCUCCUGCGUGAAGAAGGACUCUGACGACCCCAACGAGCUGGCGCCCGAGCAGCUGAAGUUCGAGACGGACGAGACGUUCUUCGCGCCCUACGAGGAGGUGUACCCCUGCGAGCUGACGGAGCAGAGCGAGGCGGGCAGCAACCUGCUGGACGGGGAGGGCGACGGCGACUCGUACCAGGUAGAUUACGAGCCCCACCAGCGGCAGUACCGCUGCAACUACUGCGGCAAGUGUUACAGCCACGCCUCCAGCCUCUACCGCCACCAGCAGAUGCAUGCUGGGAAGGGCGUGGCCAUGCCCGGCGCCGCCAAGCGCCCCCCGCAGCCCUACUCCUCCAUGGCGGCGGCGGCGGCGGCGGCGGGGGAGUCGCGCUACACCUGCCCCCACUGCGGGAUGAGCUUCAAGGGGAGCCGCAUGCUGGGCUCCCACCUGCGGCUGCACGGGCAGCGCCGCAUCCACCCCUGCAACGUCUGCGGCAAGGAGUUCAACCACAGCUCCAGCCUGUCCCGCCACCGCCUGGUCCACAAGAAGGACAAGGGCGGGGCCAAGGACGGCCCGCACGCCGCCCACCACCACCGGCGCCGCCGCGGCGGGGGCCUGAAGGCCGGCCCCGGGGGGAAGGGUAAGAGGGGCCGGCGGCAGCGGCAGGCCCCGGGGCCCGGCCAUGAGGCGGGCAAGGCGGGGCAGAUGGAGGCCAUGCUGGGGGUGGCGGGCGGCGGGGAGAAGUUCUACGCCUGCCCGCAGUGCGACAUGACCUUCAGGACCUCCACCAUGCUGUCCAAGCACCAGGUGAGCCACGUCAAGGACCUGCUGGACAGCUACACGCCCGGCAAGGAGAACUUGGGCGAGUCCUCCUCCGACCUCAAGAUCCGCCUCAAGCUCUGCUCGCGCGACAAGCCCAACUUCUACACCCUCUGCAAGAAGAACCGGCGCCGGCGGGGGGGCGGGGGCCGCGGCGGCAAGCGGGGCCCGGCCGCGGGGCCCCCCCCCGUAGGGCCCCCCGGGGGCCUGGGGGGCUCGGAGGACGAGGAGUACCAGCAACAGCUGGGGGGGGCGCACGGCUGCAGCCUGUGUGACAAGAGCUUCAGCCACGCCUCGGGCCUGGCCCGCCACCAGCAGGUGCACCGCGGGGGCCCGGGGGGGGGCGGCCGCGGCAAGGCCUUCCACCAGCGGGCGCAGUUCCACCGCAAGAGGGGCUCCGCCCACGCGGGGAAGGUCUACUCGUGCGCGGCGUGCAACAAGACCUUCGUGCACUCGUCGAGCUACUCGCGGCACAAGAAGGCCCACAUGCAGCAGCAGGGGCCCGGCCACGCCAGACCCCUGAAGCGCCGGAAGAAGGGGGCCGUGGACGAGACGGCCCCCCUGGAGUCGGACUCCGAGUGA